GAUCGGCACCAUGUCCAUCACUGACCAUCACGUAGCUCGUAUAAAAAGACCCAUGAAUGCGUUUAUGGUUUGGUCGCGUAUACGCAGAAAACGCAUUUCGAACGAUUAUCCGAAACUCCACAAUUCGGAAAUUUCCAAACUUCUUGGCGCCGAAUGGAAAUUACUGACAGAAAUUGAAAAAAUGCCGUUCAUUGAUGAAGCAAAGAGAUUGAGGCAUCAGCACAUGGUAGAUCAUCCGGAUUAUAAAUACAGACCAAGGAGGCGCUCGAAGCAGGUUAAAGAUGUUGGUGAAAUCGGAAAUAAAAGCGCAGGACUGUGCGAUCAGUUGCAGAUUGCAAUCAACAGGACGUUUUAUGGACACAGUGAACCUGUACCCGUGAUCACCAUACCGAACGUCCAAUCGGAGUCGACAUUGAUGAACUGCGCGAUUCCUGUUGGCUAUAAUCAGCAUAUUCUGCAUGCCGACUCGAUGACUUCCUUAAAUUCAGUCCACUCUUCGCAAGAAUUCGACGAACGACUGUCGCACCCCUACCACGAAGACAAUGGCAUCGCCCAUCCAGAUUACUGUCAACCUUUGCCCCCUCUGCCACCAUGCCACUCGUUACCAGGCAGUUUACACCACAGGGCGUUAUUAAGGGCUGCCUCCCUCUAUGCUUAUCACGAUUUGGCUUCGAAUAAUACAUUACCCGUGUAUUUUCCACAGAUUUAACUUUUAUUAGUUCGACGAUCAGUAAACCGGAAAACUAAUGACUAAUCUGUUUAAGCAAUUAAAAUUAAUGUUUUGAAACGUCCUAAAUUUUUAACAGAUCUUAUUAAUUAACUACUACUGGUGAACCGUUUCUUUAUUUUGCUGCUGAAUCGUUAACUCAAUUUAAGUCAGAUUAAAGCAAAACUCGGGUAGGGACAGUGUAUGUAAAGUGCAGCGUAUUUCAAAAACAUGCACCAACAUUUGAACAUUUGUUAUAUUAAAAAUAAAAAAGUUCCUAUAGACGUCAGUCCAAAAAAUCUUAAUUUCCAAAAUACUGAAUGCUACAUAUUUACAAAAAGGCACAGUAUUAUAAAUAUUUUUUCCUGAUUUUGUUGAAAUUUAGCAACAUCAUUCAAAGGAUAGAUAAUAGUAAAGCUAA